AUGUCCAAAAUUACAAAUGACGCUAAUGAUUUUAUGAAAGAUCCUAUAAUAAUAAGGAUUGUUAUUGGCAACAAGAACGCGGCAACAGAAACUAUUAAACAAAAGCUUGCUUAUGUUGGACAAGAAGAGGGUAAAUUGGUAUCGGUUUGUCAGUUAAUACAAGAAGGCUUAAAACCACAUGUAUGGGCGUUUGUUCAAUCCAUUGAACGUGACAAAGAGCUAUUUCAUGAGUUAAUGUAUGAUGAUAUGAAUUAUGAUGUUAUAUAUUCUGAAAGAACAAAGCUCAAGUAUUAUAUGCAUGCGCUCGAUGGUUAUUUUUUUUAUUCAAAUAAUUAUUAA